AUGGAAUCAGACACAGAACGAGAUUAUAAUCAAUACAGUUCGCCACAACAGACAUUUCACAGAGCCUACGAGGAUUACGUGCAUCCCUUGCAGACACAUUCCUCUUCGGGGUCCCCUCAUCCAAAUAGCGCCUCGCCUCAAAUGUAUUCCGUAAAUGCGCACGGCAUGCUAACGCCACAAAGUCCCUCCAUGGGUUCCGGUCACAGUCCCAUGUUGCUUUCGUCACAUUCGCCGCUAAAUAGCUCCCUUCUUACCUCCAGUUCGCCCUUGAUGAGUCAAUAUUCGUCGUACUCGGACGUCAUUCCGACGACAAUUUUGUCGCAAGAGGACUCGUAUUACUGCAGCAUGAGUUCCGGCUACGGCGAAUUUUGUGCGACCAAUUAUGGCGUGCUGCAACGACAACCGUAUGGCAAAAUGGGACAUCCGAGCAGCAUGAAGCCCGCAAAAGAGCCACGCAUCCGGAGACCGAUGAAUGCGUUUAUGGUUUGGGCAAAAGUUGAGCGUAAAAAGUUGGCGGACGAGAAUCCGGAUUUACAUAAUGCUGAUUUGAGUAAAAUGCUAGGUAAAAAAUGGCGCUCUUUGACCCCACAAGACCGUCGCCCUUAUGUGGAAGAAGCUGAAAGACUGCGUGUGAUUCACAUGACAGAACAUCCCAACUACAAGUAUCGUCCACGUCGACGAAAACACACAAAAACUCGCACAAACACGGGUCCUCCAGCGACAAACAACCUCUCCAACACUCCCGUGAACGCAUCAAACAAUGACACACCGUCUCCCUAUGGCGAUGGCAGUUGCAUGAGUCCCUAUGGCGGCUACGGAUCGCAUUAUGGCACAAAUCACGUGAUGCAUACGCCCGAACCGAGUCCCACAAACAGUCCUGAGCCACGUAAUAACCGCAAAUCGGUGCCAAACAUGACAGAUAUCAACAAUUCCAAUAAAAUGGACGACGUUGUAAACGCCUUGCCAACGCCCGAAACGAGUCCCUUUGAGCAGGAGGGAAACUUACAUCAAAGUUACGAUGAAAAAGUGAAGAAGGAACUUGGGUUCGGUGACAUGAAUAGUGGUAACAAUUAUCACAGUCCCUCGAAAUUGCACGAAAAAAUGGGAUUUCCCUAUGAUUCCAAUGACAUGUCCAAACGCGAAUACAUUCCGUAUGACCAAAAUAUCGACUCGAAGAAGUACAACAGUUAUGGCGCAAGUGACAAGCGAUUUACUUACGAAUCGAAUUUGGGUGACAAGCGAUAUGUGUCAGCGACAAGUGCUCCCACCACCAUUGGAGCCGUCGUUAAUGGCAUGUACGUCAUGUGCAGCAAUCGGAAUGCCCUGGAUCAAGGACACGUUGUUACGGGAACGUAUUUUCCGCCCUUGCCCACAAGUCAGGACCAGCAAAAUCUCGGGGGAAGUCUCAUUACUACGAGUUCCAGUAUGGGUCACGGUAAUAUGGUGAGUACGUCCAGUAGUGGCAACACAAAUCAUCUCAAUACGUCCAAAGAUGCGACUUCCGGCAACACUGGGAACAACAUGGACUCGUAUUACGGCAAUAAUUCAGUCAUCACGAGUUACUCGACGUAUCCAAAUUCGUACAAAGAGUAUUCCGGCAACUACAUUCCACAUUCGAGCAGUGGUUCCAUGCCCGAAGAAAUGGACAAAUAUCUGAAAUACACGGAAAAUAACAAUAAUUUCAAUGAAUAUGAGUCCUAUCAUAACAAUCAUUCCAGUUCUGGUCUGCCAACGUACCAUCAACAAAGUAUUCCGUCGACUCUACCUCUGAAUGCCACCACAAAUAACGGCUUAUCUCUCAGUAAUCAGCAAGAAUACUACCAGCAAUAUGUCCAACAACAACAACAAUCGCAGCAGCAGCAACAACAACAACAACUAUCAAAUUCAUCACAAUCGUUGGUGGGAACAGCAAAAGUUGACGCAAUGAUCGGAGCAAAUCCAGUUCCUGCAAACUACGCACAUCUCCCCGAGGGAUUCGCCGGACAGGAACCGAUGAAAGAAGAUUUCAGCAAUAUAUUGGCGGGCGUACGACAAACUUGUUACAGUAAUUAA